UCUCGAGCUGUGCGCGUCUCAAUACAAGACACUUUACGUGGACAAAUUUUAUCAUUGAAGCUCUUUAAAGAGUUGCUGGGAUUUUUUAUUUUUAAAAAAAAAAAUCAUAAAAAUCAUAAAAGUAUUCCCGGAAUUUUCUUAGAAUUUUUUUCAAUUUUCCCGGAUUUUUACUGAUUUUUUUGGUUUUCCUUUCGAAUUUUUUUCAAAGUAUCAUCAACUCUUUCCGAUUGUUCGUCUUUUCCUUGUUUUUCUCCUGUUUUUUUCGCUAUUUUCCUCCAUCUUUCUCGGAUUAUUUCUCCAUUUACAUUGUUAAGGCCCCCUCUUCACAGCAUUUCAGGCAUUUUCGUUGACAUCUUUACGUUUACUUCCUGUUAAAACCUAUUUUUUUGCUUCUCUAUUGAAACAUGCUUACCACUAAACUUUUCCUCGCUUUUUCUCUUCUCGGUAUCGCGAACGCUCUUAUGGUCUUGUCGCCUUCCUCCGGCAACACCUGGGUCGUUGGUAAGCCUCAGACGGUUGCCUGGUCUUCCGUCGACACGGAUCCUACCUCGGUUCGUAUUUUCCUCAGCAACAUGGCUUCGUACCCCAAUGUGAACAUUGAGGUGACUACCGUAGAGGUUGAAGCCGGCAGUGCGGUUAUCUCUACGAAGGAUUUCCCUACUGGAUCAGGUUUCCAAAUUAACCUCGUGUCCACGUCUGACUUGAGCAUUUAUGCUCAGUCUGGACAGUUCAACCUAGUUGCUGAUUCAAGCAGCAGCAGCACCAGCGGUGCCAGCUCAACUUCUGCUACUUCCACCUCUGGCGUGGUUGCCGUCGCUUCGACGACGUCGGAGACGAGCAGUAACACUGAUGACUCUUCUUCGGCCUCCUCCACAUCGACACUCGCCCUUAUUGCUACAGGCUCUAUUACCGAGUCUUCUGCUUCAGCAUCCUCGACUGCUGCCAACGUGAACGGAGGCCGUGGAGACCUUGCUUCAGGUUCUAGUGCUUCUUCGGCCACACUCUCUAUGGCCACAGUCACUACCUCCGGAUCUGCAACCGCUAGUGCUAGUGGAAACGAUACUACUGCUACUACUAGUCUCACCAACGGCGUCGCUUCCGCACCAGCUCGCAGCAUGCUUUCCAUCUUCGUGGGAGCUGCCCUUGCCUCUGGUUUGCUUUUCUUCCUGUAAACGCAUAUAUUCGGGACGAAGCGCUCAACCGUCGUCAAUGCGGUGUCGGGUCUUUGUCUCCUUGCAAAACGAUGCAGGCACAAUUGUUGCUGCUAUGUUCUCCUCCAUCUGCGCCCUCUUUGCCUGACAUCCCUUCCGGGUGCCGACAUUCAUGAAGCUGCAAACGUUGCUUAAGCCGCUGCGCUGACUACUGCUCCUUUCUCUUGCAAUUUAUGUAAUCUCUGGCAUUCUUUAGCAUAUCCUUUCAUUAAUUCAUAAUUUUUGAUUUCCCCCACA